CACGCGCUUUCGAUGUUCGUUUGAACCACUCCCCCGAACAUAUAUGACCGCGAAAUAAGAGCAGUGUCAUUAACGGGCUAGUGGUCGAGAGUGGAACAGCGAAUCAACUUCGUGAAAACCGCGAUUUGUUCUAAUCUAUGUACUAGAUGCUUACUCUGUGGCCGGGGCAAAUUCUCUAUUCUUCUGACACCUGUAUAUAUAGGGGUGUUAUCGUAAUUCGAAAAUAGGCAUGGCGUUCUCGUUAUUACCAAAAUGACCCUAGAAAUGGACAGCUAAUAUUUGCGGAAGGUCAAUAACUCAAUAUAGAAACGCCUGAGCUGCGACUCUGUCACUGUGUCUGAGCUGUAAGCCGAAGGAGAGAGAGAGAAAGUCUCUGUUUCUGAAUUUCAUCAAUCUUAUCUCGGAAAAUUGAGUUGUAUUUGAGGGUGGUGGAGUUGAGGAAGAUCUGAGAUGGCAACUUUUGCAGGGACUACCCAGAAGUGUAAGGCCUGUGAGAAGACUGUGUACUUGGUGGAUGAGCUCACUGCUGAUAACAAGGUCUACCACAAGGCCUGCUUCAGAUGCCACCACUGCAAGGGCACUCUCAAGCUGAGUAACUAUUCCUCCUUUGAGGGUGUGUUGUAUUGUAAACCUCACUUUGAUCAAUUGUUUAAGAUGACUGGCAGCUUGGAUAAGAGUUUUGAAGGAGCUCCCAAGACCGUCAGAUCUGUUGAUCAGGGCCAGACAAAUAGCAAAGUUUCAAGUAUGUUUGCUGGAACUCAAGAGAAGUGUGUUGCCUGCAAAAAAACCGUUUACCCCAUUGAAAAGGUGGGGGUGGAUGGCACGUCUUACCAUAAGGCUUGCUUCAGGUGCACCCAUGGAGGCUGUACAAUCAGCCCAUCAAACUACAUAGCCCAUGAGCAUCGACUCUACUGUAGGCACCACCAUUCCCAACUCUUCAAGGAGAAGGGGAACUUCAGCCAACUGGACAAGCAGGAGCAAGUUAAAGGGGGUGACUGAAAUUCUGAGAACGUAGCAGCAAAGCGACACUGUUAAAGUUUUCAUGUUAGUGUGAUACUGUAACAUCACAUCCAAAGGGGUUUUCUAAGAACCGGAUGCAACUGUUAAAGUAUAGUAGAAGAGAUAAUGGGAUUGCCUUCUUUUUCUAUAUAGAUUAUAUAUAUGUGUUAUUUCUUGAAGAAUAUUCACUAUUGGAGUCUCAGUUUUUCACGUUUUGAGUGUGAGGUUUUGAAUGAAUAAUAAUUAGAGAGGUGGGGUUAUCUCCUUUCAAUAAA